CAUCUAUAAGGUUCAGUCCUCUCAUUUCAUUUUCUCUCAAAACAGAAAAACACCCAUUACAAACUCAUGGCCACUGCUCAAACCUCUCACCCCCAAGACUCCUCCUCUAAGAGACACUUCCACUGGACCAAAAAGAUCGCAACUGAAAAUGAUGAAGUCCCAGUUCCAAUCUUUACUAACAAAUCCUCAUCAAACCCUACUAAUCCCAAUCAAGAAAACAAAAAAGAAACUGCAAGAAACCAUACUUCCGCUCUACUAACUCCAAAGAAAAAGUUACCCGCAGUAGCCAUUGCUAGACUUAAGUCAGUUCUCACCACCUUCAGCAAGAACCGUUCUAGCUUACCGCACGGGCUCGGACCGCGAGUUGUCGGUACGCUUUUCGGGUACCGACGUGGUCAUGUUCAUUUUGCAUUUCAGAAAGAUCCGAAUUCACCUCCAGCUUUCUUGAUCGAGCUGGCUACACCGAUCAGCGGAUUGGUUAAAGAAAUGGCGUCAGGAUUGGUUAGAAUUGCGUUGGAGUGUGAUAAACAAAAAGAAAAUCAAGAAAAGAAAACAGCCGGUCCUGUCAGGUUGCUUGAGGAGCCGAUGUGGAGGACUUACUGUAACGGGAAGAAAUGCGGGUUUGCGACGAGGAGAGAAUGCGGGGAUAAAGAAUGGAAAGUGUUGAAAGCUGUGGAGCCAAUUUCAAUGGGGGCUGGUGUUUUGCCUGGAAGUGAUGGUGAAGUGAUGUAUAUGAGAGCUAAGUUUGAGAGAAUUGUUGGGUCUAGAGAUUCUGAAGCUUUCUAUAUGAUGAAUCCUGACAGUAAUGGAGCUCCUGAACUUAGUGUCUAUUUGCUUAGAGUUUAAAAAUCCUUUGUUUUUUACUUGCAUUUUGGCAUAGUAUAUUAGUUAUACUUGUUUAGUUCUUGAAGAUCUAGCUACAAGCGCCGGGGAGAUUGGAAUGGAGUGACAAAGACUCUUUUCUCCUUAACCAGAGGUUUCGAGUUUAAGUUUUACCUACGAAGCCUCUUUAAAGACUAUUUGAGAGAUUUUUAUCGUCUUAACGAGUCUUACUCGGCUUCGGUCCGGAUUAGUCGGAUGUCGGAAUAGUGACUCCAGAUAUCGAACGGUACCAAGAUAUAGAGGUCUAAGUAUUAGUUCUUCAAGAUUGUAUCUUUUGCUCUUCUCCUUUUGGGAAAAUGGAGGAGCAAAGUGGAGGGGUUUACUUGUAAUUUGUAAGAUGUAGGUGGAGGGGGGUAAAAUGGGAAAUACAGUAGAAUAUGGUGGAUAGGUGGGUAUGAAGGUGUAUAUGUAUAGUUCUUUUUCUUGAAUCCUUUAGCAAGUUAUGAGACAAGGAGGGUAAUUGCAAUCAUCAAUGUCUUCUCAUUUUGUUCAUUAUCUUUUUCUUAAGUUCUAUAUUACAUUUAUUUCUUUGUGGAA